UUUUUCAUCCAACACCACAAAUGUCUUACCUUGAAAUGAAAUAAUGAAUAGGAAGACGAUAGGAAAAAAUAAUGUAUAUAUUGCAACCCAAAGUAAACACAACUUUGAUAUCAUUCAAACGGAUAAAAGACCUAUUCUUGUGAGGCAACUAGAACAAGACCUGGAAAGCUUUCAAGACGACAACUACCCACAAGACUUGAAACAUAUUCCAGCUGAAAAUUUCGAAAAAAGUACCAAAACAAGACCUCCAUUGAGGGCUGCAUCGAGUCAUUUGUUUCUACAAAGUCCUACUCUGAACGAGGACAAGAUACUUUGUAAAGAUGAAACAGAAACACCUGAUGCUCUUCGUAUAGCUCUUUGGAAUACAACAAGACAUGGAAUCUAUUUACCAGACUCUAUUCUCCAUGAUAGAAGGCAACUAUAUAGAUUCUGUUCAGACUUUUGUUAUUUGUGGACUAUGGAUGAGUUGCGAGAAUACUGUAGUGUAGCAGGAUUAUUGGCUUGCGGUACAAAAACAGAAUUGUUGCGUCGAACAUAUUUGGCUCUCCAUCAUGCCGAAAAGGAAUUAAUGGAGACCUAGCAAAGAAAUUCUUGAAGGAUGUAGUAUCGUAUACAAUCUUACUAUAAUAUAGGAUUUCAAUAAAGGUAGAUAGAAAAUUUACAAAAUUAAUCU